GUCUUACAUUAAUGUAGGAUUUAUUUAGUGUGUUUUUUUGUUGCUGCAGAACAGAUCCAAUCCUCACUUUAACUGUUGCUCUUGAUAAUAUUAAUUUUGUGUUAAAUCCAUUGAUAAUGUUUGAAUGUGUUAAUGACCGGCUCAGCUGAAGGAAGGACUGUUUCUGAUUUUUAAUUCAUUUACUCAUGAGGAAAUUUAUCAGAAUCACAGACUCUGUUUUCUGGAACGCCCCCUUUCUAGGGACACCCGACAGGAAUGUAUCACUUCGAGGGGCGAAGCUUAACUCAGCGACCAAUGAGUAACAAGAACUGACAAGAAGCGUCACCGUUCGAGCUGGGGCUACAGUUUAAAAAUACGGUGUUUCCGGUUCUUUCUCUAUUCACCUUUUUCCUCACAAAGAAACAAACCAUGGCUAGAACCAAACAAACUGCCCGUAAAUCCACCGGUGGCAAAGCCCCGAGGAAGCAGCUGGCCACCAAGGCUGCCCGGAAAAGCGCCCCGGCCACCGGCGGCGUGAAGAAGCCUCACCGUUACAGGCCCGGUACCGUGGCUCUCCGUGAGAUCCGCCGCUACCAGAAAUCCACCGAGCUGCUGAUCCGCAAACUGCCCUUCCAGCGGCUGGUCCGAGAAAUCGCUCAGGAUUUCAAGACCGACCUGCGCUUCCAGAGCUCCGCCGUCAUGGCUCUGCAGGAGGCCAGCGAGGCUUACCUGGUGGGGCUGUUCGAGGACACCAACCUGUGCGCCAUCCACGCCAAGAGGGUCACCAUCAUGCCCAAAGACAUCCAGCUGGCCAGACGCAUCCGCGGAGAGAGAGCUUUAACGAUGAGUGGCAGAGGCAAGGGAGGCAAAGGACUCGGUAAAGGAGGCGCCAAGCGUCAUCGCAAAGUUCUCCGUGAUAACAUCCAGGGCAUCACCAAGCCCGCUAUCCGCCGUCUGGCUCGCCGUGGUGGAGUCAAGCGUAUCUCCGGUCUGAUCUACGAGGAGACCCGCGGAGUGCUUAAGGUUUUUCUGGAGAACGUCAUCCGUGAUGCCGUCACCUACACCGAACACGCCAAGAGGAAGACUGUGACCGCCAUGGACGUGGUUUAUGCUCUGAAGAGGCAGGGCCGCACCCUGUACGGAUUCGGAGGUUAAACUAACCGUCAACUUAAAAAAAAAA